AUGGCUGCUCUUUCGUCUAUUAUUACCGUGACUGGGCCGCUGCUGGUUGGAUCAUGGGUCAAUUCGCUGCUCUACAGCGCGGAGCUCGCGCAAGUUAUCAGGUACUUCACCGCCUACCCGGACGACGAGUGGCUGGUCAAGGCGCUCGUGCUGCUUUGCUGGCUGAUCGACACGGCCGCGGCCAUUGGGAGCUACGCCGGGGUGUACCUCUACACCAUCACACAUGUAGGAGACAUGGAGUAUCUUAGUCGACAGAACUGGACCUUCCCCUUCAUUGUGUUCACCACGGGCGUCGUCGCAGCCCUGGUUCAGUGUUUCCUCGUCGUCCGAUACAUGCGCUUCUCGAGAAAUGUGCUGUUUUCCUUAUUUCUCUUCUUGGUCAUUGGACUCGCGCUUUCCGCGUCUUUUGUCGCCGGCGUCAUCGUCGGCCGCUAUCCCCUGUACACUGAUAGAGGACGGCUCCAAACCCCAGCCAUGCUCUGGAUUAUCUCCCAGGCGGUCACGGACAUCCUCAUCGCGCUGGCGCUGGUCUUGGAGUUCCGUAAGGCGCGGAGUAACUUCCGCAAUACGCAGAGCGUAUUAAAUCGCCUGGCCGUGCAUACGAUCCAGACGGGAGGCGCAACGGCGACCGUCGCGACGGCUGCGCUGGUCGCGUACCUCGUGAAUAAGCAGAGCAACGUUCCACUGGGGAUCGCGUAUUCCAUGGGGCGGGUGUAUGUCUUGACGAUGCUGUCCAAUCUCAACUCGCGCAAGAAUAUAGGCCGCGGCAUUGGCGCGAUGAGCGAGGGGGGAGCCACCGGAACGCAAUUCCACGCCGAGGGAGCGUCGGGGGAGAGCGGCAAUUUGGGCGGGAUUCACAUCCACCGUAGCGCCGUUGUGACCAUUGACCCGGAAAAUGGACCCCGGAUUGCGAUGGAGGCGCUCAAUGCGUCUCGGCAUGCGGACAAGACGCGUACCGAAAACGAGUCCGACGCUGCAAGCGCGGAGAGCAAGGUGCAGGAUUCAGUGUGGGCUUCCAGGACGUAG